AAAAUUUCAAGGUUUUUUUUUUGAAGAUUCCACGGGUUUUGUACGGCUUCUUGAAUGAUAAAUUGGUUUGAUAACGAGUGAUUUUAGAGGGAAAAGUCAAAUCUUCAGUUAUAACAUUGUCUCGUGACUAUUUUUAGUGGAAUGACUCGUUUUCAAGAUGAAUAAGCAUUCAAUAAAAAUGUUGAAUUCGCGGAUGAUUUAACGAUUUCAAUUGUCAGAACACUUCCUCAAUUCAAUUUUCAUUAGCAGCAAGAGAUUAGUAUCUCCUCCACUUUGAUAAAGAGACUGAAAUGUGAAAACUUUAAAGUUUUACGGUUUUUUAAAUGUGAAGAUUGCGCGAGUUUUGUACGUCUUCUUGAAUGAUAAAUUGUUUUGAUAACACGUGAUUUUAGAGAAAAACAUCAAAUCUUCAGUUAUAAUAAUGUCUCGUUACUAUGUCUCGUGGAAUCACUCGUUGUCCAGAUGAAUAAAUAAUAAAGCAUUCGAUAGAAAUGUAGAAUUCGCGGAUGAUUUAACGAUUUCAACUGCGAGAGCACUUCCUCAAUUAAAUUUCCAUUAAUCCCAGGAGAUUAUUAUCUCCUCCACUUCGAUAAAGUGUCUAAAAUGUGAAAACUUCGAGUGAAAAAUAAUUUCAGUGAAUUUCGUAAACAAAAAAGAAAUAAGGAAAUAAUAUUUUGAUUUAUCCUUCCACCGGUAUCAGCUCCAACUGCCGAUCUCUGCGGAUAUUCCACGUGUCACGUUGACGUAUUAUGUAACGAAGGAAUGAAAAACAGCGACGAACACUUAUUCGAUUAGUAUGGCGAGGCACAAAGCCAAAUCAACAAGGAAUAUCAAAAAACUGUGAUAAAAAUUGAUUGGAGUCACCUUGCAAUAGUCUCAAUUUCAGGCGAUUAUUAUUUAUUUGUUAUUUAUCUUCGGCGGAGGGAGCUCAAGGUGACAAUGCGAAGGACAGGGCACGAGACUAUCGUUAUAGUUUGCCUGAUAAUUGUCACUGUUACGGUAGGGACGGAAGGUUGUGACGAGGGAUGGGAGAAAAUCGAGGGGGUGAAACCGGAGACAUUCACCGCGGUGAAGACUCUCUAUGUGGGGGAAAACUCCCAGGGAAUCGUGACAAUCUGUUUUGACAGAUGUUUGAACUCGACCAACUGCAUGUCAUUCCUGAUAGACUUCGACCGGAGUGUCUGCGCUAGUAUAGAAUCCCUGAGUGACGAUUUUGAGCCGGCGGAGAAUUUCACUCUCUACCAAAAAAUAUGCCUGAAAGUGCCCCCGGCGUGCAGUGCGAACAGGCUGUGGCAGGUCGAGAGGACCUUGGGUGCGGUGCUGAUUGAUACGAGGUAUCUCUCACCGCCGGAAGUUUUUUCACGCAGUCAGUGCUACCAGAAAUGCAUUGAUGCAGCUCCAAACUGCAAAUCCGCGCAAUUCCGAACGAGUCACCCUCUGGCUGUGGGUGAUUCCGAGGGCCUCUGCACCCUUCUGACGAUCGAGAGAAGCGUGAGACCACAAUCUUACAGAGCCUCGAUGUACCGGGAUGAGUACUUGGAGCCGCAGUGCCAUAAUCUUUCAAGUUACGACUUUUGCUCGUACGCGGAGAUUAAGAAUCAAACUCUGCCAUAUGCGGACUUGAAGAUCCAAGGACUGGGGGCAAAACAGUGCGAAGCACGAUGUAACGCCAGUAGAGACGGAUUCAUCUGCCGAGCUUUCACGCUCGCUAAUUCAACGGGUCAUGGAGAAAAUUCUUCAACGUGUUUGCUGCAUUCUCAUGAUACGAUAAGCACAGGCGUCAGUGCGCUCGUAAAGAGGGCACAUGUAAUCUAUAAAGAACGAGAGCCCUGUUUAAACCUUAAAGUCUCCUGCACGAACGAGAGUUUAGUUAUAGAAUUAGAGACUCAAGAGCCAUUUACGGGCCGUCUCUACGCAAGUGGUUACAGUGAGACUUGUGACGUCCAAGGGAUUGGGAAGAACAAGACUGUUCUGACACUGAAGAUCCCCGACGAGAAGGAAUUGGAUAGGGGAAACGUCAACUGUGGGAUCACUCCCGCUUAUGCCGUUGAAUCAGAUAAUCAGACACGAGCGGCCAUCUGGGUGACCCUUGUCGUACAAUUUAAUCCGAUAAUCCAACGACUGGGCGAUCAAUCCGUGAGGGUUGGUUGCACAUUGGAUAGUGGGGAAAUACCACUGCCCAGGAAUGUCACUGUGGAGACUGGUUACGGAUUUUCAAGUCCUGAUGCUGGAGUUCCACCUCUGACUGCGACAAUAUUCAACACGACAUCCCCUCCAAUCUUGACGAUGAAGAUUGUUGACGAAAGCAUGAACGAAAUUUCCUUCGCGGAUUUGGGGCAGCGUCUGGUGUUGAGGAUAGAAAUUUACCCUCCGGGCGGACCCUACGACAUCACUGCUAGACAUCUAGUAGCCAGCAGUGCUUCCGGGGACCAAUCUAUUCUCCUUCUGGACGAAAUUGGCUGCCCCGUUGAUCCUCAAGUGUUCCCCGCAAUGAUCAAAGACCCCUCUGACAAUAAAUCAUUGAUUUCAACCUUUACAGCCUUCAAGUUUCCAAGGAGCUCGCGGGUCAGGUUCAAUGCGGUUGUUAAGUUCUGCAUAAACGAAUGUGAACCGACCAAGUGUCGAAAUUCAGUCGUAUCAUACGGAAGACGCAGACGAUCGGUUAACGAUGUCAUCCCCCUGGAAAGCCCUGAGGACCCCGCCCCGGAGGAGCUCCCACUGGAUGCCUCCAUCAUAGUAAGAGAUGCGUCAAUUGCCGCUGUUCCCCUGCGAUCUGGCAACAAACCAGACACCGUUUUAAUCGCCGGAGAUCAAUCUCAGGAUCGACUACUUUGUGUGGAGGCGGCCCUCGCUCUGGGUCUCUUAAUACUCUGGCUCAUAGUGCAAAUUCUCCUGACGAUCAGCUGCAUUUACGUCAUCCGGAGGUAUCGGCGAUUAGCGAGAAAAGCUGAAGAGGAUCGCGCAGACGUGUUGGCGCGUCAUCUCUACGGAAUUCACGGAGGGAAUUUCGAAAUAGCCAGGAGAGUCAGGUGGGCCGACCACAACGGAUCGUCCAUUAGUUAACGAUCCGAAGAUCGUUCGUUAUCCAAAGAUUUCUAUGACUGUUGAAUAGUGUAAUUUUUGGAAAGAUAAAUGUCUCUGUGCGCGUUUAAAUGUCAUGAGCAUCUGACAUUUCAAUCGUUUUGGCAGUCUCGAGAACUAUCAAGAGAGAGAACUAUCAAGAGUUCAAAAUGAUCGGAUUAUUAUUAUUAUCGGAUUAUUAUUCGAUCGGAGUAAUUAUUUUGAUCAAUAAAGAAAGUUGCAGACAGCAA